GACCCCUCUGCCCGCCCCGCUCCUUCCCCAGGACCCCUCCUAAACCCAAAGCCAGCGACUCUCCCUCCAUGGAGAACAACCAAGAGCCGCAAGGAGACCCCAAAGAGCCCUCGAGCACCGCCCACCCCACCGACGCGCCGGGGGCCAGGGAUGGCGCCGAGGGGGAUGAGGCAGUGGGAGAAGGUGGGGACAAGGACAAGGAAGAUGAGGACAAGGAGAAGGAGGAGGAGGAGGCUUUCCUCGUCAGCCUCUACAAGUUCAUGAAGGAGCGGCGCACGCCCAUCGAGAGGAUCCCGCACCUCGGCUUCAAGCAGAUUAACCUCUGGAAGAUCUACAAGGCCGUGGAAAAGCUGGGAGCCUACGAGCUGGUGACGGGCCGCCGGCUCUGGAAGAACGUGUACGACGAGCUCGGGGGCAGCCCCGGCAGCACCAGCGCGGCCACCUGCACCCGGCGCCACUACGAGAGGCUCGUCCUUCCUUACGUGCGACACCUCAAGGGCGAGGAGGACAAGCCGCUGCCACCCAGCAAACCCCGCAGGCAGUAUAAGGUCUCCAAGGACGACAAGAGCAAGAAGGCCAGGAAGGAGAAGGGCCGCGAGCAGCUGGCUCCGGACAAGGGGCAGCCGGAGGUGGGUGCGGAGGAUGCGCCAGAGCGAGGCGGGGGGACAGACGGACGCUCCAGCCCGGCCCGCACAGCCCCCAGCCCCUCGGGGAGAUGUCCCAGCCCCUGCACGACCCACAGCGAGACCUACAAGCGCCUCUUUUCCAGCUUCUACUCCAAAGGGAACCAUCCCAUCAUGUCCCCACUGGCCAAGAAGAAGCUGCUGGCGCAGGUGAGCAAGGCGGAGUCCUUGCACUGCCACAAACGCCACUGCCCCGAGGGCCGGCGGGCACAGAGCGACAGCGGCCCCGAGCCGCCCCGGCCGGUCAGCGGCCCUGGCCUGGCUGAGCAGAGGAGCCCGGAGCCGUCGAGAGCUCCGGAUAGAGCUCCGAGCGAGGGGAACGAGCCAUCCCCGGGAGGCAGAGACAGCCAGGGCUGCCCUCGGGCUGAGGACGGGGGCCCGGCCCCCGCCGUCUUCACCGGCUACUUCCACGCCUACCGCAGCGAGGGGCUGCAGCCCGGCGGCUGCCCCCCGCUCUGGGGGUACUUCUCCAACCUGAAGGAUUUUUUGGAGCCGCCCUCCGCCUUGCCGGCGCGGCCCAGGGAGCCUGAGCAGCCCCAGGAGCUGCGGAGCAAAGCGGGGCGGCCGUGGGAGUGCCGGGCCGCCGCUGUCCGGGCCUGCUGGGUGCCUCCCGGGGCCACCUUCGGCCCCGCCGGGCACGGUCGCGACGAGGAGGAGGAGGAGGAUGAGGAUGAUGAAGAGGACGAGGAGUCCUUCGGCCCCACUGCAAAGUCACACGCCGUGUCCCCCUUGGCCAAGGAGGGCAGGGACGGGGGGACGCGCUCGCCGGGAAGCCACCAAAGGCUGGCCAAACCCAAGGCUGUGGUGGCCUCUCCGGGCUUCGCCACGCCACUGCCACCGGACGCUUUCCAGGGAGCCGCGCUGCACUUCCCAGGCGGCUUCGGGAGCCCCCAGGAGCAGCUGAAAACGCGGGGCGUGCCGGUGGCCCCGGCGCUCUCCGCAAACCCCCUGGUGAUCCCGGCUUUCCCCAGCCCUUUGGUUGUGACCUCGGAGCUGUGCCGGCCGCUGGCCACCGGCCGCUUCCCAGCGUCCUUCGGGGGGAAUUCGCCACGGCCCCGGCUGUACCCGGCAGCUCCGUGGCACGGGCAGCGUUCCUGCGGCUCCCCGCACGUCCCGCACCACGCCCGGCCCUAGCGCUGCCAUCGCCGCGGGUGACAGCGAGGGGACAAUCCGGACUACCCCGUUUUUACUCCCCAUCUCAGAGUUGGUUGUGGCUCCUCUGCUGGCACCCCACGGUUCUCAGUAUUUUCUAUAUAUCCACACACAAAUCUAUAAAAAAAGGGAGCAAAACCAGUGCUGGAGGUUUCUGUUCAUGCCGGGGGAUGGUUGGGCCCAUCCUGCUGUGCUCUG